GACCAAGGAAACCGAACAGCCGGAUUGGUCGAUGGGGCCGGAGGCGCGAUGGUCCCGCCCCCUGGUUGCCAGGGGGGUGUGUGUGUGUGUGGGGGGGGGUGUGCGUGUGUUGUGUUGGGGAGGCCUGAUCCGUGAUCUCUGGAGAUUCCUUCCUCCUCCCAGUCCCCUCGGGUUGGGUCGCGGGUACUCAGGCGCAGCCGCGGAGUAGCCGCCCCUCCCUCCAGUGAGUUCCGCCGCCUCCCUGGUCUGGAUGCGGCGCGUGCGCCCCCAGUCGCUCAAGCCUGCGGUGGAGGGGCGGACCUGCUCCCUGCACCACCUCCCGCAACCCCCUCCCCUCGCCUGUCUGUUGCUUGAGGCCACUAAGGUGCUGCCACACAGCCCCACCCCAGGCCACCCUGCGUGGAGCAGGAGACUCAAGACGGAGGUGCGGGAUGGACAAGAGGGACAAGGGCAGGGCAGGGGCUCCUGCGCAGACCGCGGCUUCUCGCUCACCAGGCCUUCGGAAAACCCCCAAACUUCCAGGGUCUGUUCGGCCCCCUCCCCCAGUAAUCCCCACGGCCUUCCGAGUUCUUGGAGCUGCGGGGCGAGUGCCCCCAGCCGAACGGUCCGGGGACAUUCGGACAGCCACCCUCCUGGAAGCUACUCCUCGAGUGGGACCCAUGCGGAGUGCUGGGGCAGGUCCCAGAAGCCCAGCCUCCAGGCUCCCAGCAGUAGAGAGAGGGGUGCAGACUCCUGCCAAGACUUCUGGCCCAGGCUCCAUCUCUGUCCCGGGACGUGUCAGCGGGACCACCAGGCUAGGCCCUCUUGGGCAGAAAGGGCUCCGGCCCCCAGCUGAGGAAUCUAUGGGCAGAGGAAAACCCCCAGAAACUUCCAGAAGGACUGCCCCGAAUGCAGGGGCAUGGAGAGACUCUUCUGAGCCCACCCGAAGUGCUCCUUCCCCAGCUAUCUCCCGUCGGUCUCGGGGUGGGGGUGCUGAGGUGGGGCUCCCCCGGGCAGCUUCAAAUGCGCGGCCACGACCUCCAACUGAAGUCCCCAGGAAAUCAGUGAGCAGUGCCACAGAGCGUAGUACCGUGGAGCCAAGCCCCGCGGCUAGGCGGCGACCCAGCUGCGGUGGGAGCCUCCAGAGGCCAGCCUCGCGCCCCCUGGGCUCCAGCGCCACCCUUUCGUCCUCUCCAGCCCUCUCCCGGGCCUCGCUAGGUGGAACAUCUGGGGCGCUGGGGCAUCCCUCGCAGGCCAAGCCGAAAGGGCUGCAGGCUCCACGUCCACGGCAGGUCGCACCCCCAAGGAAGGGCACAGCCAUCCAGCAGAGCCUUUCUCCUCCUUUGGCUGUAUCACCUCUACCGCAUCCGACCACACAACUGGCACCGCCUGUCCAUAACACAGGCAUUCCUCUGAGGAACACGUCUCCUACCUCUCCACCGACUGCGCCUCCUUCCCAGUCCCUUACAAGUCCCUUGGCUACGCCUUUUCCACUAGUACCUCUUCCCUCUGCUCCACCCUCUCCGCAGCCCCUCCCAUGUCUGCGAGACACACUUUCUUUGCCAGCCCCACUCACACACCUGGAUACAUCAUUUCCUGAGGCACCCAUCUCUCCCACAGCCAAUUUUCUGGCUCCAUUCUCUCCUUCAGGUUCACCACCUCUGCAGAAUACGUCCCCCACCCAGGUUUCUCUGGCUUUGCACCCUCUUCCAAUUCUCCCCUCUCCCUUCACCGCACCUCCUUUGCCGACUCCUCUGCCACCCACCACGCCCCCUCUACAAGCCCCUGUUUCUCAGGCAAGGUCUCCCCGAAACUUACCAUCUCCCUUAGCCACAGACGCUCCACAGGACUUUUAUGCCCUGACCACGCCCCCUCUACUGGCCAGUCCUCUGUCUCCACCGCAUCCUCAGGCCACUCCAGAUAUACUUGCCACACCUCCCACGCAGUACCCUCUUCUGGCCACAUUGGCCUCUCAGGCCCCUCCUUCUGUGGCCACGCCCCCACCACAGACCCUAUCUCUGGCUAGCCACUCUUUUCAGACCAUGCCCUCUAUGGUCCUGCCUCUACAGGCCCCACCUUUUCUGUCCUCAACUGUUCUGCAAGCUCCACCCUCUCCCCUGGCCACACCCCCUCCACAGAGUCCCUCUUCUCUGGCCACACUUUCUCUACAGGCCACUCUCUCUUCUCAGACCCUGCCCCUUCUACAGGUCUCACUUUCUCUUGACUCAUCAUCCCUGCAGGCCACUCCCUCGCCGGCCGUGUCCCCUUUGCAGACCAUGCCUUCUUUCCUGGCUAGGGCCCCUGUGCAGAUCCAAACUCUGACUUUGCCUCCUCUGCAAGAAGACCCACCCUCUCCCAUGGCCAAGCCCCCUCCCCCGGCACCACCUUCUCUGGCCUUGCCCACUCUGCAGGCCCCUCCCUCUCCUGCCUCACCCUUGCUUCAGGCCCCACGCCCCCUGACCCCGGGUCCGGAUGCCCCAAUCCCGGGUCCACGGCUGACACUGGCGCUGGCCUCCGCUCCGCCGCCACCGCCCUCUCGCAGCCCGUCCAGUACGCUGAGCGGCCCGGACCUGGCGGGCCACAGCAGCAGCGCCACAAGCACACCUGAGGAGUUGCGUGGCUACGACAGCGGGCCCGAGAGCGGCGCCCCAGCCUCCCCGCCCGCCGACGCAGAGCUCGCUGCCUGCCACCCGGCUGCCUGGAGUCGAGGUCCCACUCCACCACUGGCUGUCUGCAGCACCCCAGGAGUGCCCCUGCCUUGGCCUCCGGUUGCUGGGUCCGGCUCUGCUGACGGCCUGUGCACUAUCUACGAGGUUGAAAGGCCCGAGUCGGCGACCUCCGACCCGGGACCACUGGAAUCCGGGCCCGGGCCCAGCGUGGGUGGUGGGAAGGAGGUGGCCGGGGCGGGGGCGGGAGUGGGGGCAGCCUCACGCAGUGUGAAGCCCCCGCCUCUGGGCGAGUUGCCGCUGGGGGCUCUGCAGGCCAGUGUAGUGCAGCACCUGCUGAGCCGGACGCUGCUCUUAGCAGCGGCCGAAGGUGCCACUGGCGACCGCGGCGGUGGCGCGGGGACCGCUGGGAGUGGUGGCGGCGGUGCGGCAGGUUCCCGGACUGCGCUCACCGACGCCGAACUGGGUCGCUGGGCCGAGCUGUUGUCUCCCCUGGACGAGUCCCGCGCCAGCAUCACCUCGGUCACCAGCUUCUCCCCGGAUGACAUGGCUUCCCCGCAGGGUGACUGGACCGUUGUGGAGGUGGAGACCUUCCACUGAGCCAGACCAUAGCCUGGCUCUCCACAUUCCAACCCUGCCUUUGCAUCCACCCUGCGGUUACACCUCUUUGUCUUAGAUGCUGGUCCCCUCCUCUGGAGUCCGGAUCUGGGUGCAUUGGUCUCAGCCUCCUGGAACCCUACCCUAGAAUUUUGUCCCUGGUUCUCGACCCACCUACACCUUUGGCCAAGGCCCUCCCCUUGAGCCCUGCUCCUUCCUUCCUCAGCCUAGGCCCCACCGCGUGCCCAGUAUAUUGACUACGGCAAGCAAUA